ACUUUGCAAUACAAGUAACAAGCGAACACUACUAGCGGGGCCUUAGCGAGGCAGCUUUGCACUUGUAUUCCCCCUCCUUUCCUUUAAAGUCGCCCAUCUUCUCAGUUCAGAAUAAUUUAAAUCAUCAACUCUUUACAAUACCAAAACAUUCACAGACUUCAAACAAACAUUCAAAGACGUCAAAAAAACAAUACAUUCUAUCUUAAAUCAGCAGUAAUGGCUUCCCAAGUCAAAUUCCUCGUCGCCUUGUGCUUCAUUCUCAUCAACGUUUUGGUUAAUGUCCAAGGCUACGAAUUUACCAUUGGUCCUCAUGCCGAUGUUGAUAUCACAAAGUUUGAGGCCACAAUCACUGUCCCUCCAUUCUCUAAAGUCGGCAUACAUAAAUUCGGAGCAGGUUGCACCAAUCAAGCUCACAGUUAUGCUCAUGAGAAUCGUCUCAGCGAUCACAACCCUGGUAAAUGGGAAGUGGAUAUGAUGCAUGGUACUGGUGGUAUUGCCACAGACAACAACAUUUUGCCAGGCGAUAAGAUUCACAAUACUAUUGAGUAUGGUACCGACACUCAUGUUUCUAUCAACAAUGUCACUAUCUUACCUGGUCCCCAAAGCAUCAGCGCCGGUCAGAAGACAAGAACAAAGACUGAUGUCGUAAACAUUCCACAAGAGGUUCCCACUGCUGGAAAGUUGAACAUUGUGAGACUUUACUUCCGUCCAAGUGCUGGCGGUGUUUGGGAUUUUGGACCAAUUGUCUGGGAGAAUGUUAUCAUCACUUCUCGAACAACUGAUUCCUCGUGGUGCAGUGACAGCUGGAAAAUCAGUGAUGAUCUUAAGAUCACUGGUGGUAACAAGUUUUGGGGAGAAGGGGACCAAACAAUGUGCCAGUAUGAUCGUAUGACAUGGGAGCCUUCUAAAAAAGACAAUUGAUUCGCGGGUAGUAGUACGGUACAAAACAUGGUGAAGGUGAUCUGGACUUACGGGAUAGGCAAUAUUCAUCUCGUGGGAUAUUCUGG